UAUUUCAGUCUGGAAAAAGCAAAACAAACUUCCUGCUGGAUUUCUUGACCAUUUGCAUUCAGGAGCACCAAAAACUAAAAUGCUUUUCACUUUAGAACUUCCCGGUGUACAGGACUCGGUCCCUCUGUGCCACCCUAUCAACACGGUCAGCGUUACUCCACAAGACCAGCUCGGGCGGCCAUUCGGCCCGAGACCACGAAGAGAACCACAGUCCACACGGCCGCGGGUGCUCCGCGAAGAAGGGGGAGAACCUGCAUGUCGUUAUUCUAGGACUAGAACCAAUCGAGCGAGAGGACUACGCUGCCCCCAGGUUCGGAAUGCAGACUAGGAAGCAGCGCACGCGGUCACGCUGCCCCGGAACCACAUGACCUUCCUACGAAAGCCGCCUGAACUCACAAAGGAGAGCUCCCCCGUUCUCCUCAGUUACAAGUCAGGAGACCCGAGUCGGCGUGGCAGGGACGGAGCCGAGGCUGACGGGCUGGAACCGGUCGUGGACAGAGUCCCUGUGCUUCUGCCCUUACCGUUAGAAGAUCUGGGAGGGAGGGAAGGAGGAGAAACAUCCCAGAAUCCGGGCAGAAAAGCCCCUGGCCCCGAAGAUGGGGUUUGGGGACAUAGGGAGGGGCAGCUCCGUGUGUGGUGACCUUUCUGAACACGCACUCGGGCAGCUCGACUCUCACGGAGGCUUUAGCACGGCGGCCUAUGCAGGCCUCGCGCGGCCCACAGUCGGCGAGAUGGCGGUGCCGCGUGGACGCACCGGCUUAGAGCCUCCAGGGCACCCUCCGCCGGCCCGGGAGCCCGCCCCUCGCCCGCCCACCAGGUCACUCAAGGGCGCGUCGGCUUCCGACUCGGGGUCUCGCGGGCCAGACCUCAGCAAAACACGUGCUACUCUCUUUCCUCAGCGAAAUCCCUCCGCUGCCGGCCGCGAACUAGUUUUAAUCACGCCCCACCCCCAGUGACGUCACCUCCGCCACUAGAGCGCUUUCCAGCAGCUUCCAGAUCCGUCGCCUCCCCCAACGCAGCCAUUCUCAGAGGGCGGGCUCUGCGGCCACCGGACCCGCCCCCAGCCGUCGUCGCGGCUGAAACUGCGGUAGCAGAGGCCAGGCGUAGGGCUGAGCCUCAGCCGAGGCCGGACGGAAGUGCUGCGGUCCUCGCCUUCCGCCACGCUUACGGACCUAAUCCUUUCGGGCCCCAGGCAGAGUCCGGAGGGGAACUCUUUGGCGGCGGACUGAAACCGGAAGCCGCUUUCCUAGCGGGAGGUCGGUGGGGGAGGAGCGGGCUGGGUUGAACGUAGGGUAGACGUUGCUGUGUGCGGUGGAACAGGAAUUCGGAUCCAACGUGUGCGAAGAAGUACCCUCCUCAGAGAGAGGAAGGGAGAGAGAGAGAAAGAGAGAGAAACACCAAUGUGAGAGAGAAACAUCGACGGCUGCCUCUCCCAGGCGCCAAACCACGAGACGGAACCUGCAACCAAGGUAUGUGCCCUGACCAGGAAUCAAACCCACAACCUUUCGGUGUACGGGACGGUGCUCCAACCAGCUGAGCCACACUAGCCAUUACAUUUCUUAAUGUAAUGCUGACAUAUUUGUUUCAAAUUGUACAUAGACUCUGAAAACUUAGGCUUUCAAAUUCUGGUCAAUAAAAAUUGGCUUUAAAUAAUAGUUACCUCUGUUACAAGUUUUAAUAAAGUUGCUUACAAAUGAGUCUAUGAAAACCCGUCCUGUUGCCAGUUUUCUCCCUCUCCCCACAAACUGUCUAGAUUUUUAAAUGUAGUUAAGUAUUUUUUUUUACUUCCAGAUUACAAUUUUAUAAUAUGUUUAUCCUAGGACAUAUAGUUCUCAAAAUAUAGUUAACACAUCUUAUAAAAUAGCAUUAUUUCUAGUUAAAUAGGAUUUUUGUUUAAUUGUCUAUUGACUUUUAUUUUUCAGGAUUCAUUGAAAAAAUCCUUAGUGAUAUUGACAUGUUUCAAGUGACAUAAAUUAGCCAGUGACUCGGAAUGAUGGAUUCCCCGAAGACUGGAAAUGGUUUGCCAGUGAUUGGACCAGGGACUGAUAUAGGGGUAUCUUCACCCCACAUAGUGGGGUAUUUGGGAAAAAAUUAUGAUUCUGCUAACAUCCUGUCAGAUGGGUAUUGCCCUGCUUGUAGAGAGAAGGGAAAGUUAAAAACCUUAAAGACUUACCGAAUUAGUUUUCAGGAAUCUGUCUAUUUGUGUGAGGAGCUACAGUGCAUCUAUCCUUUGGGCUCUAAAUCAUUUAAUAACUUAAUUUCUCCUGAUUUGGAAGAUCUUGCUCCAAAUAAGCCUCAAAAAAGAAAGCUCUUGGAAAUCAACUAUAAAGAUUCACCUUCUUUAGCAAAUUCCAAAAAGAUUAAAAGUGAUAUUGUUAUUGAUGGUGAACAAGUUUUGAACAGCAAACAUAAUGGAGAAGCAUACGAGGAAACCUCAUCAGACUUAUCUGACUCACUGCACAGUGGUCAGCAGAGCCCAGUUAAGGCUGCUGAUUUCUUGGGACCGGAUGAGAUUUUGGAAGCUGCUGUUACUGACUUGGCUGCUGAAGAAGAUGCUACUGCAGUUGAUAUUUCUGGAACUGGAAAGACUGCUCUUCAAAAUGAAGGAGGCACAUCUGAACUGGAAAUGCCACAGGAGAACAGAUGUAUACCAUUUUGUCAGACUUCAUGUGUUCAAUGGAAAAAUUCUGAUGCCCUCUGUUGGUUAGACUGUCUCCUGUCACUAUUGGUGCACUUGGAAGUGGUAAAAAAGGCAGUGAUGACGGACCUGUGCUCUAAAGAGGAAUCUCUGUUCUGGCAGUUGUUCACAAAGUAUAAUCAAGCUAGUAAGCUUCUGCACGCCAGUCACUUGGAUGCAGUUAAAGAUAGAGAUUAUACAAAACUUAUUGCAGUAUUUGCAGACAUAGAGACCUGUCUGAAUGACGUCAGAAGUAAGAUUUUUAUCAGGCUUCAGCCUCAGCUUGGGUGCACAUUAGGUGACAUGGAAAGCCCUGUGAUUGCAUUUCCCCUGCUCCUAAGAAUAGAAGCCUGCAUUGAAAAGCUCUUCACGUACUCUUUUUCUUGGAACUUUGAAUGUUCACAGUGUGGACACAAGUAUCAAAACAGAUGUAUGAAGAAUCUGGUCACCUUUACAGAUCUUGUUCCUGAGUGGCACCCACUUAAUGCCGCCCAUUUUGGUCCCUGUAGCAAUUGCAACAAUAAGUCACAAAUAAGAAAAAUGGUAUUGAAAGAAGUGUCUCCCAUAUUCAUGUUGCACUUUGUAGAAGGCUUACCACAUAACGACUUGGAACACUACUCAUUUCUUUUUGAAGGCUAUCUUUACCAAAUAACUUCUGUAAUUCAGUACUAUGCAAAUAAUCAUUUUAUAACAUGGAUUUUAUGUGUUGAUGGAAGUUGGCUGGAAUGUGAUGACCUAAAAGGCCCAUGUUGUAAAAGGUUUAAGAAAUUUGAAGUUCCUGCUUCAGAGAUACAUAUUGUUAUUUGGGAAAGAAAAACAGCCCAAAUGACAGAUAAAGCAUCUGCCUGUCUUUCACUUCAAAAGACUAAUGAUCAACAUGGUUUCAGUGAUGAGAAACAGCCACCUCCAGCAUUGCGUUUUAUGGGUGAUGCUUCCUCAGCUGAAAUACCUUCAGAAACGUACCCCCCAAAUACAUCAGUUACUACUAAUACUCUUUCCCAGGAUAAAGCUGUAGCUCAUCAGCCUCAUUUACUUUCAGUUCCAAAAGGUUUGAUUGGCAAUGAUAUUAUACCUUUGACACUUGAAAAAGUACAGGUUAACUCUGAAGGUUUCCUAUUAGAAAAUAUACCUGUGGCAGAAAAUGGAGUGGUCAUCAAAACAAAUACUUUACAACAGCAAGAGUCACUAAUGGCUUCUUUAGUAUCAGCUCCAUGUAAGGAAAAGUUUACCCAAGACCAAUUUGUAGACUUAAGCUUUCCUUCUCCGAUUGUAAGUACAAAUAUGCAAUCAGUACAGCCAAAUUCAGAAAAUACUAUAAUUACUAACUCUGUGACUAAUAUUCAUGCUACUGGUCCUAUACAGGGAGUAAAGUCAGUAGAAAUUGAAGGUACAGUUGCCCUAGAGAAGGAUGUUUCGUCCAACCAUUUUCUUUCACCAAAAACCGAGAAAUUAAAAAUAGAAAAACACAUUACACCUCAGGUAUCUAAUUUGGAGAGAAAAUUUUCUCAAACCAUAGCUGAGUCAUCACAGAACCCAUCUCUGAAAGAAAAUCUGAAGAAACCAUUUAUGGGAAGUUGGGUUAAAGGCUUAUUAAGCAAGGGUGCUUCUUUUUUGCCACCUUGUGUUUCAGCUCAUAAUAUUAACGCUAUAACUGACUUGCAGCAUUCGGUUAAGGGGGCACGUAAUUUUGGUGGCUAUAAAACUAAAGGGGUGAAGCAGAAGGCUCACCGGGCACCCAAGAAACCUCGUAGGUGCGCAAGUAAGCCUUCUCCAGCCAAUAACCCUCCACCAAGUCUUCCAUCAUCAGGUAGCAUGGCUCCUCCACAUGCUGAUGUUAAUGCUGACCUGGAAGUUUUGAAGAAACAUGAAAAUUCCUCAUAUGGGGUUCACCUCAACCACAGAUCUGGUGGAAACGAAAAUGGUGUUUCUUUAGCAAACCAUGAAGACUCCGUUGAGGGUCAGAUUCAUAAACUUCGUCUAAAACUUCUGAAAAAACUUAAGGCAAAAAAGAAGAAAUUAGCUGCUCUUAUGUCUUCCCCCCAACAUGGAAAACUUCCAAGUGAAAAUUUAGAGCACGUUUCUCAUUGUGUGUCUCCAAAUGAUGGCCAUGGGUCUCCAAAUGAUGGCCAGUCAAUAGAAGAUGUGUUAAAAGAACUGCAAUAUCAAAUUGAUAUUGCUGAUAAUAAAUCUGGAAGAACCACUGUUGCUAGUGUUUCUCCAUAUAGUGGUCAAACUCAUGAAGAAAUUUUAGCAGAAUUAUUGUCUCCUACAACUGUUUGUUCAGAACUCUCAGAAAAUAGGGAGGCUGACUUUAGAUAUUUAGAAAUGGGAGAUAACCGUAUCCCAGCACCAGUACCUAGUGAAUUAAAUGGUAUUCCCCCAAACACACUCUUGAGACAGGACCAUAAUUAUUGCAGCCCUGCCAAGAAAAAUCUGUGCCAAGUUCAGCCAGACCCACUAACAAAUAAUGAGUGUGAUAAAACAUUGAACUUGGAAAGUUCCCUGAAGACUGAUGUUUUUGAUGAGUUUUUUUCCACUUCAGCAUUAAAUUCUUUAGCAAAUGACACAUUAGACUUGCCUUUUUUUGAUGACUAUCUGUUUGAGAGUUGUUGAAUGUUUAUUAACUCUUUAAUAUUUAUUAUUGUCUUGGAAAAACUUAUUAUGUUCUUGAGUAGUGUUUAUACACUGGCCUUGUCAUGAACAAAAUGUAAGCAGCUGAAGGUUUUACCUUCAGUUCUGCCCAUAAAGCUUGUAAUUUGUUUUACAAAUUAAAAUGACCAGAAAUCUGU